AUGCGCGGCGGCCAGCGCGAAAGCGGGGCACUGCGCAGGCGCGUCCCCCUGACCGUCUCCCUCCCUCCCGCCGCGGGCCGUGCACCCAACGUUUUCCAUCGGGUGCCCACAGCAAGCGUAGGUUUGGGCCAGAGGACGUGCGCGCCCCCUCCCACGUUACGCGUCAGGAGGACAAGCGUUAGUUGCGUGCGCGCCCCCCCACCCGCCCCGCGCGUUGCGUGUUUACUUCGGCGGGGAAGCGUGCGCGCCCCCCAGCUCACCUCCCACGCUACGUGCCCCUGUGUUUACUCGGGGGGCAAGCCCGGGUUGCGUGCGCGCCCCCCCACCCGCGAUUGCGCGCACCCCCGCCACCCCGCUCUUGCCCCCGCGCCUGGCUGUCUGCCCCCACCCCCACAGCAGGUGACGCGCAGUGGGGGGGGGAGGGGGACCAAGAUGGCGGCGGCGGCCGGUUCGGCCGCUUCGGGCGGUCUGGAGGCGACGCUGGAGAAGAAGCUGCUGACGGUGACCAACACGAUGGACAGCAUCCAGGGCCUGUCUUCCUGGAUCCUCGACAACAAGAAGCACUACACCUCCAUCGUCCGCCACUGGAUGAAGUGCAUGAGGAAAUCUUCAAUCCCUCAUCGAUUGAACCUUUUUUAUGUUGCCAAUGAUGUUAUUCAGAAUUGCAAAAGGAAAAAUGCAAUUAUAUUUCGAGAUGCUUUUUCUGAGGUUCUAAUUGAAGCAGGCACAUUGGUGAGGGAUCCUUCUAUUCGCAAAUCAGUGGACCGUAUAUUUACCAUAUGGGAGCAGAGGAGCGUCUACCCUGAGGAAUUGAUUGUAGACCUUCGUGCUGCUCUUGUGGGACGAAAGACACCUGACUUUACAAAAGUGAAAACAGUGAGCAAUAAAACCAGAGUUGUUGUGAAAUCCAAGAUUCUAGCUGAAUUCAGGCCUCCAGCGCUGAUUGAUCAGCUGGGGUCAUAUAAACAAGCUGAGGAUGAGCGAGAAUUCAAAGAGAAACAGCUUGGGACUCUCCGCGUGGAUGUCUGUAGCACAGAGACUUUGAAGAGAUUGAAAGAUCGUGCUGGGGGGAAGCGAUUUUCUAAAGAUUUUGAGGAAUCCAGUUCCAAAUUGGAAGAUUUCUGUGCAGAGCUUGAGAGGGAAGUGAAGAAAACCCCACCCCUAAUUGAAGCUCUCGAAAACGCAGAAAUAUUCUAUGAGGCUCAGUAUAAGGAGGUGAAGAUUGUAGCAAACGCGUAUAAGACGUUUGCCAACAGAGUCAAUAACUUGAAGAAGAAGUUGGAUCAGCUGAAAACAACCCUUCCGGAUCCAGACGAGUCUCCCAUUCCUUCUCCGAGCAUAGACGCUCCAUCACCAACUGGCUCUGAGUCCCCCGUUCGCCCUGCAGAGGAGGUUGUUCCAGAGCUGCCAAAGAAGGUGGAAGGGAGCCCUGGGCCGCCAACGCCUGAAGCUUCAGGUGAUAACUGUGACGUUGAGGACAUGGAGCUUUCAGACGAUGAAGCCGCAGGAGCAACAAACAUAAUAGCAGUGGAAAGAGAGGAGAAGAAAGAGGAAUCCAGUCCAAACACAACAGCAGCAUGUGCGAGCCCACAGCCAGAAAAAGCAUCCACCCAAGCAGAGAGCACACAAGCAAAGAGUAGCUCCAUAACACCACCCCUGGGCCUCCCAAACCUGGCAAAUAUCGACUUGGGCAAGAUUAGUUCUAUCCUUAGCAGUCUGACAACAGCCAUGAAGAACACAGUCAGCCCAGUGAUUGGUCAAACGCCUGUGCUUGCUGUAACAUCAGUGGCUUCUCCUGGGGUGCAGCUCAAUACUGGCCAAAAGGCCCCUGUUCAGAAGCCUUCUCCAGUUCCUCCCAAUCCUCUGGCAAGCAUCCUGUCAAAAGUUGAAUUAACUCCGGAGAGCAUCUUGUCAGCACUCAGCAAGACCCAGGGGCCUUCUGCUCCCGCACUGCAAGGUCUCUCAUCAUUGCUUCAGAGUGUGACAGGGAACACUUCUGUCCCAUCCAGCAGCGCAACUCAAAGUAUUUCUACCCCAGCAGUGGCAAACAUCACCAGUCCAUUGGACAAAAACGUUCCUAUUAUCAAUUCCAGCACUCAGCCUGUGAUUCAAGGGCUGAUUGGUUGCUCUCCAAAUUCACCUGCAUCAGAAGUUUCCUCUGCUUCCUCAGUGAACUCUGCCCCAAUAAACCAUAGUCCUGCCCUGUCCAACACAAGCCUGAAGACACCAGCCAGCACUAACGUACUUGAAAGUUCUCUCCGCAAUGCUGCCUCUUCAUCAAGAGGAAGCUUGACCAGUCAGAAGACAUCCAUUGAGGCAGUUACAGCUGAAACAGAAGAACAGCCACCCUCACCAUCAAGUUUGGAGUUGAAAAUUCACAACUUUCUGAAGGUCAAUCCAGGCUUUAAGGCUUUAGAUCUGAAUAUCCCUCUCCUGAGCAAUUUGGGCUCUAGCGACUCUAAGAGUCUCUUGCAGCCUUCAGAUGGAAGUCGUAAUCCCAGCAGUACCAUUCUAGACAACCAGGAUGGCACACCUGUCAGAGACGAGAGAGGUGGAACUCCAACCCAGGAUGAAAUGAUGGACAAACCAGCAACAACAGGCACUAUUGAUCCAAUGUCCUUACUGUCUAAGCUAAUCAGUCCACCUUCCUCUUCAACUAGUAGCACAAUCUCUCCCCCACUUUCCAUGCCACAAAAUAUAGAUUCUGGUUACUCAGAGAUUUCCAGUACAGUGCCUUCUUACCAAAGCGAUACUUCAUAUAACCGUGGAAGGGGUUCAUUCCCUUCCUCCUACAAAUCCUCAGAGAUGUGGGAAGGAUCUUCCCCCCACAGAGACUCUCCUCAAGAACAGUUUUAUGCAGGUGAAUCCUGCACUGAUUUUGAUUAUGCUGGACCACCGCUUGCUUCAGUUUCGAAUUUGGUGAAACAGCCCCCGAAAUCUAUUCUCAAAUCAAACAAACCAACAGAUCAGAUGCAGAGUCCCAAUGAAUACCAGUCUAUCUCUGCCAGUUACAGUCGUCUAAAGUCUGUGUUCUCUAAGCCCAUGAAAUCCAUUCUUAAGAAGCAAGAAGCUUAUGGUAGUAGGUCAAAUAGUAGCAAAGGGUAUAGGGAAGAUGAUCAGGGAAUUGAACUUGAGAACCUUCCUUCACCAGGUCAGAACAAUCAGUUCUUCCGCUCAGAGUCUAAUAAUAUCAUAUUACAGCCCUCCUUCUCAGAUAUAUCUCACACAGGAUCACUUCAGAAAGCAUUUUCUGACUCGCUGUGUUCUACCCCUUCCCGAUCAUCUUCCUCUUCGCAGAGUGCUGUACCUGGUUCUUUUAGCCGCACAUCUGCUGCCGCCAUUGAUAAAACUGUAACACUGGGCUCUCCUGUCUCUGCUACUUCAACCAUUGAGUUCAAGAAUAUGUUAAAAAAUGCCUCGCGUAGACCUACUGAUGACAAACCUUUAGAAAGCCCCAUUAGUCCUGCUCCGUCAGGUAGCUUGAGUGAGAAAGGGAACCUGCCAAUUUUUGGACAAUCUGGGAUUGCAGAGAAUGCAGAUGGAGAGCAGCAUUGCAUUGAGACUCGUAUAUCUACGUCAGAUUUACCUGAGAACGUAGAGGAGAAAGGAGCCCCCAUAGAGACACUAGGUUCCAGUACCCCAUCAGCUGGGAGGCUUAUGUUUGGAGAACCCAUCCAGACCCUGGACUCCAGCCGAGGGUCAGGCAGAGGUAGUAUGAGUCAUGGGAGGGGGGGGUCCAGGAGUAGUUGGUUUGAACCUAGCGAAAGCAUUUCAGACUUUGAUGAUGAUUCCUCGUCUCUUGAUGUUUCUGAGAUGACUCAAGGUAUCCCUCCCAGCUUUAGAAGUCAGUUUGAAGAACACAGACUCCAGUUCACUGACACGUCAAGCAGCUAUAGAUCCAACAGCUUUAGCAAUCCUUUUGAAAGACAAACUCAGCAGAUUGGACUUCCACCUGGCUCACGACAUGAUCACAUUGGGCCACCCCCUGUCCCCAGCCGAGACCACAUUGGGCACCCGCCUGGGCCUCCUCCGGAUCAUGUCCUUGCCCCAUGCCCCCCACAAGAUCACAUUGGUCCUCCUCCUGUUCCCUUGAGGGAUAUUGGACUGCCACCUGGACCCCCAAGGGAUCACAUGAGUCUGCCCCCGGGUCCUCCACCUGAUCACUUAGGCCCUCCUGUCCCACCACAGGAACAUAUGGGUGGCUCAUCAGGUUCUCUUCGAGACCAUGGUUCAUUCCCUGGUUCUUCUCAAGACCACAGUGGGCCACCUCCCGGUUCCUCCCAUGAGAAGAUUGGGCCGCCACGGGACCAUGUUGGACCACCACCUGGGACCCCUGUUGACCACAUUGCACCACCCUCUGGUCCACCCCCUGACCACUUUGGUCCUGGUCUACCUCCUGGUCCUCCUCCAAGGGAUCACCUUGGACCACCUCCUGGUCCCCCAGUGCCCCCUCCAGGUCCUCCUCCUCUGGAUCACCUUGGGCCUCCUCCUGGUCCCCCUCCCCGAGAUCACCUGGGACCCCCACCCAUUCCCCCUCCUGGACCUCCUCCUGGCCCUCCUCCCCGGGACCACCUUGGCCCACCACCUCCUGUCCCACUUCCACAGGAUCACCUUGUUCCACCUCCUGGCCCUCCUCCAAGAGAUCAACUUGUCCCACCUCCUGGCCCUCCACCACAGGACCUCCUUGGUCCUCUACCUGGUUCUCCAAGAGACCUCCUUGGCCCAUUAGCUGGGCCACCUCGAGAACUCCUUGGCUUACUUCCAUGCCCUCCAAGAGACUUCCUUAGCUUAACCAACAGGGCUCCAGUGCAAAGGUCUGCGAGAGAUUAUUAUGGGCCACCUUUUGGAACCCAGCAAGAUUACAGUAGUCCUGGUAGGUUCUUCCAUAGAGACUUUAGAGGAUCCUUUAGGCCUCGGGAAACUUUUCAAAGUGGGAAGCGAUCCAGCUUACCUCUUGGAAAUCCCCCUUUUGCCACUGCUCCCAAAAGACCAUAUAUGCCUCCAAGGUAUUGAAAAUUAAAAGCAGCUGACAAAGGUGAAUGUUCUGUAUUGGGGAUUAUGUGAAACUCUUCUUUCAUCUCUGACCCUUGCUCAACUGAGCAGCUUUGUGGUCAUAGUGGCAAAAGUUCAGCAUGGUGCUUUUAGGUCACCUACAUGUCUUUUGUGUCCCAGUCUGUUCUCCCUUCUGGUUCCUAUCUGAUUCUUUCACUUGCCUUCUCCAACGUUGACCUGCUGUGCUAGGUCAAGGGUAUGUUAAGGUUAACCAUUUCACUACAGGGUCAUUACAAACUGCAGCAAGCCAGUGUUCCAUCAGGAGAGUUUUGAAACUUCAGCCGUGCAUAGAAAUCUUACUUGGAACAAGACAACCACUUACUUUUACGCAAAGUAAAACUUAUAUUGUUGCAAAAAUCAUUAUAAAUACAGUCUUAGAAGGCUGUAGCUUCUUCAGACCCUUUGCUACUUUGUGUUGUUUUUAAAUUACAGUUUUACUUUUGUACCAGUUGUGGCAGAAAAAAAGUGGUUAAACGCAAAUGGGAAAUGUCUCUGUCAUCAUUGAAAGUGUUUGGACGCUACCGUCUGAUUAGUUACGUGUAGACAGGUUACAGUGCCAGACUUCAGAAACAUGACGACACACUUGUUUUGACUUAAUAUCACAGGUGUUUCAUUCUGGGAGAACUACCUGUUGCUCACAGUUUGACUCCCGCAGGCAGAGGCGUUAACGUUUGCAAUCCAUUGCCUGCUCGCUGGGGGCUGUAGCUUGUGCCAAUGACAAAAAACUUACUCACAUUAUGUGGAUGCGUGCAGCUACUGGGAUUGGCUCCUGCAUCAAUUCCACGACACUUCAAUGCAGGAGGUCCAUGUUAAAAACCAAAAGUAAGCUACCCCUGCUUCUUGCAUGCCAUUUAAUUAUUUUCUCCACAGCCUCAACGAUGGAGCGUCUUCCCUUGGCAGUGCCAGUGCUGUUCGUUAAGAUGCCACGCAGAAUAUUGGGUGGAAUGAGAUGUGUAGUGCUCUGGUUGCUUCAUCUAAUAACUGGCUGAGAACAUGGCAAGACUUCCACCAAUCCAAGCAAGAAGACUAAAAUCACAGCAAGCAGGACUGGGAGCUGUGGAGUGUGCAGUGGGCACAGUUACUUGUUAUACUAGCAGACCACAAUGAGAUUUAUGAUGUUUCUAAAAAGUAUAGUAAAAGUUUGAUUCUUGUCAUUGGUUCUCAAAAACAAAAAGAUGGUAACUCUUGGAAUAAAUGUUCCUCAGGCACAUAACGAGCUUCUAUUUUUGCAAUAGACUGACCAACCAUUGAUAUUAGGCUACAUAAAACCUAAUUGUGUGCAAUGUGUUAAGACUUUGAUUAUUUCUGUCCCUAGGCUGGCGAAACAGUUGAUUAGCACAAGCUACCCAAUGUGUUUUUCUUAGCCUUUUUUUUCCUUUGACUCAUUCUGUACCAGUCACUGUUUUGUCAAAUCGACCUGCUUGUCUCCAAGGAAUGCCUUGCUGAACAAUCCUUGUUCGCUGUUUAUAUAUUUAAAGAAAUAAAUAGUGGGGAAGGGAGGAAAGGGAACCGGGUGGGUGGGGAAGG